AUGUAUCAAAAGAUGUGGGUUGAAUGCGCACAAUGCUCGGGUCGCUCUCACCUAGAGACGUCUGGCACCCCCAUUUCCGCGGUCUGCGCAGUGCCAGAUGCACUCUGCACCGAGAAAGAGCUGGGAAGCUUGACCUGUGCAUGGUGCCUCCGCUCGAGGUGCGCGCGACGAGGCAGCUCGCUGAGCACCACGUCCCUCUUCAAGCUGCACGGCGGCGACGCGCCGCCCGGUCGGGCUGCGAGGCGGCACGUGGUCAUCACGGGGACUGCGUCCGCUGCGAGCAGCGCGCGCGCGCCCGCCCGACGCGCGGGAAACGCCGCGUCGCCCGCAAAGCCCGCAACAAUGCCGCGCCGAGAUGCGCGUCUCCACUGA